UAUUUUUAAUACCGGGGCGUACCGUACGGAGACCCAGACGUGAACUGUUAUCAUUAUUUGCAUUGAAAACGCGCCUGAUUUCAUCGUUAUAAAAGCUUUUAAAACUUAUUUAAUUUCCAAAUUAAAAAUCUCACUCAUUAUCGAAUUAGCAAGGUGUUAUUUUAGCUUUAGCUCCGUUAGCUGCGCACCCCUUCAGGCCAACACAUCGAACGGACAGUGUUAAUAAACAUGAACGCUUUGAAUCAGAGGACCCAGUGAACAGCCAAGACGAAACUGAAUACGUCUUUUUAUAUAAAAUUAUAGCCGUAAACUUGGCGGAUAUGUGUUUAGCAUAACUGGAUGUUUGAUGACGUGAGAAGAUCUGACGGUUGAAGCCAAGCGUUUCUUUCUUUUUUUUUACUGUGGUAAGUUAAAAUCAGCUAACACCCAUGCUUGUUCCUGUAGGAAGAACGUGAAAGAAAUUCUAAGUGUCCACAAAGAUGAAGGCCAAAAAGAAGAAGAGGCAGGACGAUUUCCAAAAAGUUAAGCUUAAAGUGGGGAAGAAGAAGCCCAGGGCUGAUAAUGCCACCAACACUAACUUCCGUACAAGAGGAAUCUGUCUGCCUGACCAGUUAAAGAGAGACACAAGCGGCCCCACAACUCACAGACAGCUGGGCAUUAAUGAGCUCCUGUCUCAGCUGCAUCAUUACAAUGCCAAUGUGAAACACAGUGCCUUGUUGGGGUUGAAAGAGCUGCUGUCUCUGAGUCCUUCUCUGUUGGAACAGCAUCUUUCACGCCUGCUCGCCGAAGUGGCAGCUGUCCUCGCCGACAAGGAUGGAAAUGUUCGUGUGGCAGCAACCCGGGUUCUCAGGUUCAUUGCACAGUCUGUGCCGGUAGAACGAGUGGCUCCGUUCUUCCCUCUCCUCAGCGCUCACCUGACCUGCGCUAUGACCCAUAUCGAGCCAGUCAUCCAGGAGGAUGGCAUGAAUGUCCUGGACAUCUUCCUGGAGCAUUACCCCUCUCUGCUGGCCUCUCGACCUGUGGUGCUCCUCACCAACUUCUUGGAGCUGAUCUCUCACAGGCAGAACUCUGGAGGAGCCAGAAAGGCUCAGUACGCCAGGGGCCGAACCUGGACACUCUCAGUCCACCCAGACAGGAAAGUGACCAGCCAGCAGUGGCGCUUCUCUGUUCUUCUUCGACUUGGAAACUAUCUGCAAGCGGUUGUUGAGGAAAGACCAACGGAGGAGGACGACUUGUCUGUGCGAACCAAAGGAGUGUUCGGUUCAAGUGGGAUGGGCCGUCUUACCCCUCUGAAUCUGAACUGGGAGGAGCUAACUUACAAAAAGAUUGAUGUCAAGAUGUAUGAAAACUCUGGUGCCACCCCAACUCCCCACUCCACCUUUAAACUCAGACCUGAGAUGGACUCUGGUGGCGUGGGAAGCACGGGUCUGGACUCGGCUGAGACCAUUCAGAGUUUCGCAGGCACGCUCGUGCCUCUGCUGCUGGAGGUUUGGGUGGAAGCCUGCGCCGGAGACUGCUCCUGGAACAGCACCGAGGGCGCCCACCUGCUCACACCUGGCGCCAUGUCUGUAAUGUUCCAGGUCUUAUCUAUUCUCCAGCUGCUGAGGAAACUGCCCACUCACCGUGAGAAAAAGGAUGCACUGGAUGCUUGGUUUCGUCAGGAAUAUCUGGAAGACUUUAAACAACACUUCAUGAAGAACUUUCCGUAUGGUCUACAGGACACACCGAAACAUAAGAAGAGAGUUGAUCUCAAGAGGAACAAACAGACAGCGGCCGUCCCUUCUUCCACCGUAGAGCCCCUGGCUUUAAACAUCACGCUCUGCCAGGUCAUGGUGUCUCUCAGCCAGAAGCAGGGUCUCGGUCACGAGGCAGACAGGGACUGGCUGUCACCGCUGAGGGCUUUUGUUCGGGACACCCUGGGGAGUGGUGUGAAGCUGAGCUACAGGCAGCUACACAUGCUGCUGCGCACCGUGUGGAAGAUGGUGCUCACGCAGCAGAGCCGAGCAGUGACAGAGGAGCUGUUGGCGGCUGUUUACAUCUACUACAAGCAGAAGAACCUGCCUCUGCAGACGAGAUCGCUGCUGCUCUCCUUCUACAGCAAACUCUACCUGCAGGAGCAAGAGCACACACACAUUGCCAGGAGCAAGGUGUUGUGUCGAUGGCUGGCCUCUCUUCCUGUUCAGUUGUCCCAGCUGGGCCACCGUAACCCGGCUCUGUCUGCUCAGCUGAUCGUUUUCAUCCAUGCUGCAGCUUCCCGAGGAAACAAAGAGCUUCUCAAUAGUCUGCAGACGUACGCAUGCAGGCUCUACGAUCCUCAGGACGGUGUUGUGGUGCUGCUACCGGCAGAGUCCCAGCAGCGAAUGGUGCAGCUGCUCUACUUCCUCCCCAAAAUGCCCCAGCCUCUGCUGGCCAAUCUGAGCGGCUGCUGCACCGCUGGACGCAUCUCUGCGACCCUCGCUGCCUCCCUCAUCCGUAUCCUACACUUUAGGUCCUCUCUCAGCGGCUGGUCGGUCGGGAGCCAGGAAGCAGCUCUGCAGGACGUCGACUACAUCAGCUUCCUGUUCUCGACCCUGGCGGGCUUCUCGUCCGAACACCUCGCCGUUCUGCAGGACGAUGACACCGCCCUGCUGCCCUCCUCGUUCUCCCUCCUCUGCCUCUACCAAACGCCGCUGGAGCAGUUCACACACCACUGGGAUGUUGUCGAGGAGGUGUGUCACUCUCUGGAAACCAUCGGAUCAAAGUCGCAAUGCUUUGACAUUCUGCAAAAUGGCAUCUUCAGAUACCUGAUGAAGUUGGAGGUUGUUCCUGACAGCAUGGCAGCCGGGCUGCUGAGAGCCGUUUCCAGACUAUUAGACCUGUCCAUCCUCCCCGCCGAGCAGGUGCUGCGUUUCCUGUCCCAGUGCUGCCUCAGCCUGCUGGUGCUGCUGGUCAUCAUGCAGCAGCACGCGCCCACUGAAACCAACCACAAAAGGGAGGCAAUCUGGAGUUCCUGUGUGACGGCGCUCAGCAGCGUUCCUCGCCUGCUGCGGAUCGUUCUGCAGUCGAUGCACGUCGGAGACCUGAGCGCAGAGGAGCUGCCGCAGCUCGGCCAGAUCCUCUCGAUGCUGCUGCAGCACACGCCGCUGCACAACCAACUGAUGGCCAACGCCGUGCUGCUGCAAGAGCUCAUCCAGAAUCUAACGAGGUUUUUCCGGGGAGCGACCAGAGAGCAGUGGCUGACAGAUUUGCUCUACUGUUACAGCGUCACCGUGGCUCACGGCACCUCUGCACACCGUGGGAGCAUGGGCCUCAGAGACAUGUACUAACUUCACACGUUUAGCAGAGACAGAAUCAAGAAACUGUUUUUUUUCUUUUUCACUCGUAGUUCACAUAAACUUCACCUUUUUUUGUUGCCUUUCUAAGUUUUUCCUUAGUCUUUAUUAAAGCGUGGAAAACCUUUGUUUAAAAAAAUAGAAUAAAGGAAAAUUAAAAUCAAA